AUGUCACGCCCGGAAGACACGCUCGCGGCCGAUAUCCACUACGACGAUGUCGAAGCACGCAAGUACACCACCAGCUCCCGUAUCCAAAAUAUCCAAGCCUCCAUGACGAGGCGGGCUCUCGAGCUACUCGACCUCAAAUCACCGAGCUUGAUCCUCGAUGUUGGGUGUGGAAGCGGGCUGUCAGGCGAGAUUCUGUCGGGGGUUCUGGAAGAUGAGGGGGGGCCGCAUGUGUGGGUAGGUAUGGAUGUCAGCGCUUCCAUGUUGGACGUGGCUCUCCAGCGUGAUGUGGAGGGUGACCUGUUUCUUGCCGACAUCGGGCAAGGCGUACCAUUUCGGGCUGGCACAUUCGACGCAGCCAUUAGCAUCAGCGCUAUCCAGUGGCUUUGCAAUGCCGAAAACAGCGAGACAUCGCCCGCCGGCCGGCUGUCGCGAUUCUUCAACGGUCUCUAUGCAUCACUGAAAAGGGGCGGCAUGGCUGUCUGCCAGUUCUACCCCAAGAACGACAUCCAGAAGCAAAUGAUCACAUCAGCCGCCGUCAAGGCCGGCUUCGGCGCUGGUCUCCUCGAGGAUGACCCGGAUACGAAGAACGUCAAAGUCUACCUCGUGUUGACGGUUGGAAGUAGCGCGGUUGCCAACAAGGGCGGCGACAUCACUGGCGUCGUGGAAGGAAUGGACAACGUAGAUGUGAUGGACCACCGGAAGAAGGCCAAAACUGGCAAGGGGGAUAUCAAGAAGGGCAGCAAGGCGUGGAUUAUCAAGAAGAAGGAACAGAUGGAGCGCAAGGGCAAGAUCGUCAAGUCCACGUCCAAGUUCACCGGGCGGAAGAGGCGGAUCCAGUUUUAG